GUGAGCGUCGUCUUCGAGCUAGUCAAAGCUUUCACCAUCGAGGUCUUCGUUGAAUUGCACAAGCAAAGAAACGAGCCCAAGAAGGAGUUCGAGGCUCUGAAAGCAGUGCAAAAAGAGGUCACCUCGCGAGGACAGACGCUCCAUUAUCGGGUCGUGGGGGACUUGUCGCUCCACGAAAAGAUUGUGGCUGCGCUGGAAGAGAUGGAGCACGACCUCCACGAAGAAAGCGAGAAGCUGCACGAAGAGAACGAGAAGCAUCAGCAGCACGAUGCUCAUCCUGCUGCGAAUGGCCACCCUCCUGGGCAACACCACUAG